CCAAAACAGUGGCAGGAAUUUGUCAGCUCGGGCCAAAACUGGGUUUCAUGGAUCCGCUGUCUUUGAGGCGCCAUCUCGGCUUUUCGGAUCUUUAAGAUCCGACUAUGGUGCGGCACUUCGGACCAAUUUGUGCGUUUGCGUUAAAAUAUGGCAUUUGAAUCCAUCUUCGCCAGCAGUUGGUAGUUAGCUGUAAACUUUGACUUGCAGGAAAGCACUAUGCAAAGAUCAGUUUAGCAAAAAUAAAGUUUCUGCAAAGGGCAACUAAUGGAGCAUACACUACUUAUUAUAAACCUGAUAGUAUUUAACCCCGAUUAUUACUGAUAUUACUCAUGGCUUGUAGUUCUAGCUCCAAUGCAAAAAUGUCCAAUCCAAAUGUCAGCACACCGGCGAUGGCGGUGACACCAGACGCCGUGGAUCAGAAGACAAGCCCGGUGGUAUUUGAGAUUUACGGAAAGAUCUGGAACGUGCAGGCUCGUCUGGGGCAGGGCGUCUCGGCCUCGGUGUACCGGGUGAACUCCGGCCGGGCGAGUUCUGCAGUGAAGGAGUUUCAGGUGGACGCGCAGGGUGGAGAUUACGGGUACCUCAAGGAAAGCUCUGUGCUGGAGAAGAUUCAGGGACAUAAAAAUAUAGUGACGCUGUAUGGCAUGUUCACCAAUCACAACCCAUUUGGUGUGGCCACUCAUUGCCUGUUGUUGGAGCUUUUGGAUGUGAGUGUGUCAGAAUUGCUGGUCAGGGUGAGUAAUCAGGGGCAUUCCAUGUGGUUGAUUCAGCACUGUGCCCGUGAUGUUUUGGAGGCCCUUAGCUUUCUGCACAGAGAAGGUUACGUACAUGCUGACCUCAAGCCCCGCAACAUUCUCUGGAGCGCUGAUGACGAGUGCUUUAAGCUCAUUGACUUCGGCCUUAGCUUUAAAGACGGACACCAGGAUGUGAAAUACAUCCAGACAGAUGGAUACCGGGCACCUGAAGCCGAGCUGCAGAACUCACUGGCCCAGGCAGGUCUAGAGAGCGACUCUGGCUGCACAACUGCUGUGGACCUGUGGAGUCUGGGAAUCAUUCUUCUGGAGAUGUUCUCAGGAAUCAAACUGAAAGAAACUGUGAAGUCUCAGGAAUGGAAGGAUAACAGUUCUGCAAUAGUAGACCAUAUCUUUUCAAGCAAUGCUUUGGUUUACCCGGCUAUCCCUGUUUUUCAUUUGCGGGAUCUGAUCAAAAGUAUGCUUCACAAUGACCCUAAACUGAGAAGCACAGCUGAGUCAGCAUUAAUCAACCCUUUCUUCAGCAUUCCCUUUGCACCUCAUAUUGAAGAUUUGGUUCUUUUGCCUACACCUGUCUUGAGACUACUAAACGUGAUAGACGACAACCACCUGUAUAAUGAGGAUGAUUAUGAAGAUAUAAUAGAGGACAUGAAAGAAGAAUGUCAGAAGUAUGGCACGGUUGUAUCCUUAUUGAUCCCAAAAGAGAAUCCUGGCAAGGGACAGGUGUUUGUGGAGUAUGCAAAUGCUGGAGACUCCAAAGAAGCCCAGAGACUGCUGACAGGCCGAACGUUUGAUGGGUUGACUGGAAUGAGACUCCCAAGUCUAACACAAAAGCCACAAUCUGUCUCAUCCAAAACCUCUCUGGAUAUGUUUAUUGAACAAUAUACUUUUGAGUAUAUUGUUAAGUAUAUAUUGUGUCUGAGAACUCAUCAAAAACAUAUCAAGUGGACUUCUUCGGAAAAUACUCAAGGGUUAAAAUGUGUGGUACUGUAUGUUGUGCAAAGCAAUGUAACUCAUACAUCAUAGCACAUAUGUGAAGAUUCAUGAGCAAAUAUUCUGCUAUGUAUUUUCAUUAAGCUGGACUGCCCUGACACAUUGAUAAAUAAUGCUGUUAUUGUGAGAAUCACUUACUUUACUAUCUAAGAUGCAGUAACACAAAUGAGUUUCAGACAGGCUUUUACCUAUUGUUAAAGCUGAAAUGCUUUCUACAGACACGUUCAAGUCAAUUGUGUCAGCUAUUUGAAUGGAUUUUACUAUCUGUACAAUAAUGGUGAGUGAUUUUGAAGUCGUAAUAUUAUUUAAAGGCUUUUCCAGUUGUGAUAGGUAUAGGUAUAUUCCUGGUAUCAUAGUGUUUUCCAAUCAGUUUGUCUGUGAUUGCAUGAAUGGAGUAUUUAAUAGUACUACAGAGCUUUCUGACACUUGAGCAGUUGUUCGUAUCGUCUGAUGGUUUGUCAGUCAUCCAGGUUGAUUGUUUUUCUUUCUACUGUCCAGUGAAUGCCAUAAAGUCAGUUUUCUCUGUCCUGCAGUCUAGAAACAUGAUUAUUCACUUCCAGGGCAGUGAGCUCUAAUAUGAUUAGUGUACACGACUGUGUGAGGAAAGAACAGUUGAAGUUGAAGUUUAAACUUAAAACGUCCUUAAAAAAAAAAAAACCUCUAGAUGGGGUGUGGAUUAGAUGGCAUUGUGGCAAAUAGUUUUUUUUUUUGAUUGGAAUGUUUUAGGAGUGUUAUCGUAGGAAAAGGGCACUUUGGUUGAACUGAUUUGCAUUUCCUGAGUGUGUGUCAUUCCAGAUUUGCUUAAAUUCUUGCUCUGAGCAUUGGAAAGAAAGUGUGAUAGAUCUAGAUUUUAUACACUUAUAUGUAUCUCUCUCCUUUUCACUCUUGCUCAUUAAUGGUGAUGACAUUUGAGAGAAUUGUGGAGAUGUUGAGCAAGAGAUCUUUUAGUAUCCUGCCCAUAUGAAUCUGGUCUGCUGCCACUGGAAAAUGUGAUUCUUGGAUAGAAAGAUUCAGUCGCUAAACCAUUUGAGCUUGUCUGUGUGAGAUGCACUAGGCAUUGGAUUGUGCUACCAAUUGUAGGUGUUACAUGUUUGGAUACACUUUCCAAAUACAAAGAGAGAACCUGUAUGAGCUCAGAUGAAUGUAUGUAGUAGCCUUGGCUACUGAUUCACAGUAAGGAGACUAUUUCCUUGACUUGUUUUAUUCCUGUUCCUGUUUGAGCCACCUACAGUCAACAAAUAAUUGGCUUUUAGGAUGUUGAAUAACAGUAUACAUAUAUUUACUCCGAAACAAGAAUAUCCAAUAAUAGUUACAAAAUUUAUAUUAUGAUGAAACUAUGUAGUUGGUUAUGAAACAGUGAAUUUGUAUUAUUAUUAUUAUGUGAAUACUGUGUAGGUCUAAUGUGAGUCAAGGAAAAUUGCUCUCAUGCAUCAGAACAUUAAUGAGAAAGGGACUUUUCUGUUAUUUUAACAAAUGGGAAGAUUCCACUUUGACAAUCCAGUUUGAUGUUGAUGUGAAGCCUUCUCAAAUGGAUGAUGAACAAAUUCAGAUUCAUAUUAGUGAUUAUUAGUGAAUUUUACAUAAAUGUGACUAUAGUCAGUUUAAGUGCAUCUUCUGUCUGUGAGCCAUCCAUACUUUAAUUUAGCCUGCUAUUAAUAUAAAUCCACAAUAAAAUUCCAAAUUUAUCAACUACUUUUUCCUCAAGCAAUAUCAUCAAAGAUGCUGAAAUAGAGCCACGAGGCCCCUUCCAACACUUUUGAAAAGCACAAAAGAUUUCUUUUCAUAACUAACUAUUGCAUAGAACCUGGGAUGGGUGUCUGUCAGGGAUCAUUUCAUGCUGCCUUAAUUUUUUUUGUGUGUGUUUUUUGUAUGCUAUGAUAAUGUCACAGUCAGUACAUGCUAGACCGUGAGAAAAGUGCCAAAAUUGUUUCAAAAGCCUUUCUUCCCCCCCACCAGCAACCCUGGAGAAAUACCCAGGACUGCAGGGAAGCCAUAUAUAUAUACGUUUAUCUUGAAAUGCAUUUAGCCUAAAUGCCUUUACAUGUGUCCGGGAACAUUAAAAUCUGUUCCAGUUGGAUGCCAGAGAUCAUAUGAACAGUAAAGCACAGUGCUGGAGUUUGGCUGGCCUUUGUGUUUGUGCAGUGAGUAAUGAGCCUCCCAAGAGAAAACACUGUAGGGUGUAACCACAGAUAGACAUGGGAGUGAAAUGCUCUUUGGGCCUUAAUAACUCGAGAAAGGUUGGAGAACUAAAUGGCAUCUUGAAUGGUGAGAAAGAUUUUGAGUUGGUGACUAGAACGGACAUACUGAAAUUCUAGUCAGUAAUAGAGAAAAUACAUGCAAACAUCCUUGUCUUUUACCUACAUAUUUAUGAUCAUAAUUUCCUUUGCAACCCCCUUUAAAUAUGUAUUGGCUGCUUUAUUGGUUUCAAUAUUGCAAUAAAGAAACUAAAGUCAUACAUAUCACACAUAUCUCAUAGCAGGCAUAUGACCUUUGAAGGAAAGGGGUAAGAACUCACCUGACAGUACAGUCAUUUAAAGUGUGAACUUAUAAGGCAGUAAGGUGAUAAGCUGACAUGAAUCAUGGAUAGAUAAUAAAAUAUAAGGGUUAUAGGUCAGAAACUGAAUAUGUGACUUUGCUAAGGUGAAAAACAAUCAAGAAAGUCUUGUAUUAUUGAAAUCGGGUCAACUUUUUUGUACUGCAUUAGGUUAAAGGAUCAGAGGUUUAGACGAUUCUUCAAAUCACUUGGUAAUCUGAAAGCUGAGUAAACAGACAACAGAAGUGAGUUCAUGUGUGAUCUACUGUUUGUAGUGAAAAGUCAUGGUAACAUGCUGACUUCACAAAGGCAUAUAAUGCAUAUAGUGGGCUACUAUGAUCAAAAGGUUUGUAGAAAUAGUGUUUACAGUACAUUUGUGGUACACAAGUGCAUUACAGUGGUUGAAAUGCAGUGUUUAUAGUAUCAAAGCAGUAAGGAUAAUGAUGGGAAUUGUGAUGAAAUGUCUCUCAUUGUUUUGUAUGCAGAUUCUAUUUAUGAUGCUUCCCUUUAAAACAUGCUUUUCAACUGUGAAAAUUCCCUCCAAAGCAUUUAAAAAGUCUGACACGUCCAGUCCGAAGGAUAUUCUUUGAUAGAUUAUGUAAAUCUGGUAUGGUGAAGUCUAUAAAUCUACAAUUUGAUAACAGGAGAUUAAAAUGAAUAUAUUCAAUAGUUAAGGUAAAUAAUAUAAUUUUACAUUGGAGGUGUGGUGCUGGUGGCCUACAUUACCAUUAUUUUGCUCCAUAUUCAGACAAUCAUGUGUUCUUGUAUAACCUUCCUCGUUUCAGUCUUAUGUGAUUGGGCAAAAGAUAAUUCUUUGUGAAGCUCUGCCUUAAAGUCCACAUAAUAUGUGGCAGGGAAAACAAACCUAAACUUGAAUUUGAACAUGCUAAGAAGUAUAAAAAUGAUCUUAACAUUGAGUGUGAGGAUGAGUGUUUUCUGUAUUAAUUGGAGUAAAAAAGAUGUCGUAUAUGUCAUUUGUAAAAUGCAAGUUGAGCAGAUGAUCAUCUACUAAGGAUCAUGGGAGACUGACUUAAGAGCUCUCGAUGGAAUGAAUAAUGUUCAUGUUUCUCACAAUAAAAUGUUAAUAUCUGUCAUGAUCUCGUGCCUUUAGCUUUCUUGAACGAGAAAUCAAAGGUUCUUGUAAUGUAAGUGACUUAGGAAUUCACAUACAGCCAGGCUACUGACCACUAGAUGGCAGCACCACCUUUCAGACUGUAAAAGUGUAUCGCAACUGUCAUAGAAGUGUGUAAGGUUAUUGUGGAAACUGACAUCAUGACUGAAACUUAAGCAUAUUUGCUGGUAGGUUUAUGCACAUCAUAGCAGUAAAAACGUGAGAAUAAUGUUGCAGUAAAAUAUCACUAAUAUAUUUCUGAUAAGAGCA